CGGCGCGCUCCUCCCUUCCCAGCGCAGCGCGGGCGGGGACCCGCCGGUUCCGCCCCGCACUAGCAGCGGAGACAGGAGGACCCCCGAGAUCGGUACCCCCAGCGUCUGGUCGCCCAACUCUGUUCAGGCUUAGGCCCGCAUGGAGGGGACUGCGGAGUCCCAGACGCCUGACCUGCGAGACGUUGAAGGCAAGGUGGGCAGGAAGACCCCCGAAGGGCUGCUCCGCGGGCUUCGAGGGGAACGGGAACCGGGAACCUCUGGAGCCCUGCUGCUCCCUGGGGCACCUAGCACGGGCCACGGUCUGGGGGACAAGAUCGUGGCGCUGAAGAUGGAGCUGGCUUACCUACGAGCCAUCGACGUGAAGAUCCUACAGCAGCUGGUGACUUUGAACGAGGGCAUUGAGGCAGUGCGCUGGCUGUUGGAAGAGCGGGGAACAUUAACCAGCCACUGCAGCAGUCUCACCAGCAGCCAAUAUAGCCUGACAGGUGGGAGUCCAGGCCGCUCAAGGCGAGGCAGCUGGGACAGCCUGCCAGACAUCAGCUCCACUGACCGGCUGGACAGUGUCUCCAUUGGCAGCUUCCUGGACACCGUGGCCCCUGGCGAGCUGGAUGAACAGGGCCCCCUCAGUGCUCCCCGCCCUGAGAUGGACUGGGCAAAGGUUAUACCUGGCGGGGAGAGGGCUAGGACGGAGGUGGACCUGACAGCUGCCAAGCUAGGGAGCUUGAGGGCUGUGUGGAAGCCCCCAGGCGAGGGGCUCCAGAGUGGACCUCCUGAGUCACCAGAGGAUGAGAGUGCCAAGCUGGGCUUUGAGGUCCACUGGUACUGGGGGCAGUGCCAGGAUGAUGUGACCUUCCUGUAACAACUUUUCCACUCUUGUACUGCUGUGGCUCUUUCUCCACUAGGCCCUGGUCUCCCUUGAAAUUGAUUCUCCCUCAAUCUGGGACUAGAAAGAGGCUGCACUGAAAUCAGUUAUCAGGGAAACCUGGCCUCACCAUCCCUCUGGUCUGUGGGGAGGCUAUGCCUUUAUCCCUCAACUACUGGGUCCAUAGAGCUACUUCCACAGAUACAUUGACUCUAGAGGCUUGACCUGUGGCUCCUGGUGUAAUGUUCUCUCUUCCCCUUUGCCCUGUAACUAGGUAAGGAUUUGAGGGAUUUAGGACACUUAGGAGAUCACUGAGGAAGAGAUGGGGGUAUAACAAUCUCAUCCAAUAUCUAGGAGCCUUGGCCUCCCCUCUUGGCCGAGAUGCAGGAUUGCUGAGGGACAUGCACACUCAGGGCCACCCCUCCAUGGAUUGGCCUGCCCAGAAAUCUCUGGGGUUGGUAGAAUCACUGUAUCUUGUUUGGUGAGUGAUGUCAUUUCCUGCCAGGAUGGAUUAGUCUUUCCACUGUACCAGCCCUUUGAUGGUGAUAGGUCCGAAUGGCAGUGUCUGAACUCCUAUUGCUAAGUGAGACCAUGCGACUUAUUCUGCAUACCAUUGCUUCUUGUGAGGGAGAGCAUAACACCCCUCCUGGCAAGGAAGUUUCCCACUGUUAGAUGUCUGUGCUUCUUUUCAGAAAGGUUCAUACCUUUUAAACAGGGUGUUCACAUUUUAUCCCAGCACUCCUGUGUCUGUGCUUUCCCGGGAGGGAGGUUGGCCAGGGCCUCCCCCUACUGCUCUCAAAGUCUGGCCUGCCCUGCCACAGUCCCCUGUUUUACCCUGUCCCUGGGUCGCCCCUAUUGUAUUCUGGCUCCAAAUCUGACUGCCAGGAGAUUCAGCUUUUGUGUCUCUACACCUUCUCAAUUUCCACUUCCACUUCAGGCCUCAGGCCUUUUAUAUGCAGAUGAGUCCCCCAGCCUCUUCUCCCCAUUGCUGAUGGGAACCAGAGGGAGGACAUGCUUGAGGUCUCAGAGCUCUGGAGGUGUACCAGAAUUUCCAAAGUGAGGAGGUGUGUGCCUUCUUCUCUAAUCCUGUUAUUUCCCUCUCCCCCACCCUCCCCCAAACCCUCCACCAUUUGGUCACAAGGACCUGCCCGGAGACUGGGACACAAGGAAUCCCCUUGUUUUAGUUACAAUGGAGGGGGGUGUGGCAGGGAAAGACAGAGGAUCUUUAGUUCUAGGGCCCACAUCCUGCGGGGAGAGAGAGAUCCAGGGAAAGGCCACUUUAUGUCCUCUCUCAGAACAAGCCCUAGACUCUAGGACCUGCGGAGGGAGCAGGGGACUGGCUCUGGGCCUAGGUCCCAGGGCCCUAAUCAAUUACACUAAAGAAGGAAUUCAGGAAAGCUGCCAAUCUGAGGCUCAGGGAGAGGAUGAGGAGAUAAGGGCUGUGGCUGAUGUUAAAGAAUGAAUUCUUGGAGAUUAACCCUUUGAACCCCAGGUAACUGCUUAUAUGUUGGUCAUCAUCUUUCCUGGGCCCUGAAACUAGAUUACUGGAAGGCAAAGAGGAGAGAAAAGGAUAUCGGGUGAUCCUUGCCUAUUUGCUGUGCCCUCCUGAGUUGUAGGAGUGGUCCCCUAACCCUAGAGAAACUGCCACAGUUUCUCUACUUUUCAAUCUAUGCCGGGGAAGGGAAGGAAGCCAAGUGGAUCAUUCCCACUUCCCCUAAACUCCAGUCUUGUUCUGCACUCCCCACCCCCGUAACUUGGGGGAAACACAUGCAGUCCAUGGCUGUCCCCUAAAGACCCUCUCUCCUCUUCCCAUCCUCUUAAUGUGACUGAAAUAACUAAAAUACAUUCUUAGCCUCUCCCCUGCUGUCCACCAGCUCUCUCCUUACCACCCCUCCUGGUCUUAGGGCUCCUGACCUCCCCCCCAGGCUGGAAAUUCACAUACCUUUUUGAAAUUCCUAUUAUGCUGCCAUAUUGUAGUGUGCUCUUGGGUAAACUACCUUGUAUUUCUUUUUGAAGACAGCUUACUUGUUUGUUUAGUCUACAAACUUCUGAGCUGAAGAAGUUGCCUGCCCUCUUGUGGCCAUUUCGCCAUUAUGCACCAUUGUCAUGGGUAGCUGGGUGGAAUUUCCAAAUUCAAAUACUGUAUUACAGGAGACCAGCCCCUCGUUGCACAGGCAGACUGGAGAGACUGGCCUAGAGAGCUCAGAGACUUGUCCAGUGUCAUCCAUGUUAAAUCCAUGGCAAUGCCCAGGCUAGAGAACCCACAUGUCCUGCCUGCUUGCCUGCCCACAGGUCCAUCACUUGGCCAGAUUUUUCCCACACCUCACACAGUCAAUACUGUCCAAGCUCAAAGGGACUGAAAGCAACUUUUCUCUAUUUUAAUAUUUAUGUCUUCAUCCUACUGUGAGGUAGUUCAAUGUUUAGAGAAGAGCUAUAGGUUCUGAGGAGAGAGAACCUUGGACCUGGAUUGGUUACUAAUCUGGACGACAGAUGUAAGGAAAAUCAAUCCUGGGCCAUUUUUUUCUGGGUAGGGAGGGUGAGUCAUGGGGGCAGAACUCAGCAUUUCAAACCUGGAUGUUAAAGGGAGGGGCUGAGGUGGAGAGGUUUGAGAUUAGGAGGUCCAGGUGGGUCCUGUGGAGUCCUGGGGGGCUCUACAGCUUGGGGGAUGGGAUUCUAGCUCAAUUGGAUAGGCAUCUGAGGGUUGAGGAGCUGGAGAGCUGAGGUAAAUUGGGAUGCCUGGACACUCCAGGAAGGUCUGGGCAUCCUGCUCAAUACCUUAGGCCCUAUUUCACUGCCAGAGUAGUUUAGGAACCCAGUAAACACCCAUCCUUCGUCCCUCUUACCUACUGCUGGACUGGCUGCUUGAGGCUUAGCUCUUCUGUUAAUUUAGGCCUUCCUAGGCUAUAAGGAGGAUCUGUUUAGUAGCUCAUAGAAAGAGAAGGGAGGAAAAGGGAGAGAGGUACAGAGAGAUAAGAGAGAAUAAGAUGAAAACAGAGUGUUGUAAGUAUGAUCAGAGGGAGCAUACUGUCCUCCAGGUGGGCCUGCGGCUGUAGUCAGGGCUCAGGGUAAGGGCAGAGAUGAGACUGCCCUUGGCAGCUGCAGAGACAGCACCUGGCAGGAUAGGGGUGUUGCUGGCUGGGGUGGGUAUAUGUGGGCAAGUGUAAGGGUGUGCAUUUAGGAUGUGGGCAGUGAGGCUGAGCACUGGCAGCUUGGGGUUUGUGUAGCAUCCAGCAAACUCGAGAACAAAUAUCGGAGACUUUCAGGGUAUCAAAGAUGUUACUUUAUUGGCCAAGUUUAGCCUGCGCAGGGGCGAACUCUUAAAGUGUCCAGCGACACAGU